CCAUGCCACCCGAGACUGCGUGGGACAGGAGCACUGCCGCCCCCAGCAGGCUUGCAGCACGGUGGCCAACAAGCUGGCCUAGCCGGAUCCAAGCAGUGCUCCAUGGACUCGGAGCCCUCCGCCUGCCCCUCUCCACCUUCUACCUCUUCUUUGUCAUCUUCGUGUUGUCUACCAUCUUCCACUGCCACCGGCGCCUGAGUCUGGUGCCAGCCCCCUGGGCCUCUCCAGCCCUUGUGGUCUUAUCCCCAAGACGCCUGCCCGGGGAGGGCGUGUUCACCAUCAAUGUCAGAGGCCGCCUGGGGAACCAGAUGGGCGAAUACGCCACGCUCUUUGCGCUGGCCAGGAUGAACGGACGACUUGCCUUCAUCCCCGCGUCCAUGCACAGCACACUAGCGCCCAUCUUCAGGAUCAGCCUCCCAGUGUUGCACAGCGACACGGACAGAAGGAUCCCGUGGCAGAAUUACCACCUCAACGACUGGAUGGAGGAGCGUUACCGCCACAUCCCGGGCAACUUUGUGCGCCUCACGGGGUACCCGUGCUCCUGGACUUUCUACCACCACCUGCGCCCCGAGAUCCUGAAGGAGUUCACCCUGCACGACCACGUGCGCAAGGAGGCCCAGGCCUUCCUGCGUGGUCUGCGUGUGAACGGGAGCCAGCCGAGUACCUUUGUGGGUGUCCACGUGCGCCGAGGGGACUAUGUGCAUGUCAUGCCCAAGGUGUGGAAGGGCGUGGUGGCUGACCGCGGUUACCUGGAAAAGGCCCUGGACAGGUUCCGGGCACGUUAUUCGUCUCCAGUCUUUGUGGUCACCAGUGAUGACAUGGCCUGGUGCCGGAAGAGCAUCGUCGCCUCCCGAGGGGAUGUGGCGUUUGCCGGCAAUGGCCUUCAAGGAUCACCCGCCAAGGACAUUGCGUUGCUCAUGCAGUGCAACCACACCGUCAUCACCUUGGGAACCUUUGGGAUCUGGGCUGCCUACCUCACAGGCGGGGAUACCGUCUACCUGGCUAACUUUACUCAGCCCAGCUCCCCCUUCCACAAGGUUUUCAAGCCAGAAGCAGCUUACCUACCCGAGUGGGUGGGCAUCGCUGCUGACCUGGGACAGCCAAACAGAGGAACCGCUAGUCAUGCCUCAGCCAGGGCCCCCAAGAGGCACCGGGGGGCCUUGCUGUAGAUCACAUGUUCAGGACCCCACAUGGGUUUUCAGUCCUGUCUUACAUGCUUCUCAGCUGAGUGACCACAGGUGAGUGAUGUCACCUCACUGCCUUCCUGAAGCUCCGAGCACAGCCUGGGCUCACCUCAGCAGCGAUACACACAAGUGCUUUGAGCUCCUCCAUGCCCACACUGAGCCACCGCAAGGCUGACCGUUCACUGCAUGUGGAGUGCUGCCUCAUGGAGGCCGGUGUAUAGUUAGGGUUUCUAUGGCUGUGACAGAAUACCACGACAGUAACAAGUUGGGGAGCAAAGAGCUUACUCAGCUUACACUUCCACAUCACAGCCCAUCACUGAGAGACCCUGGAGACAGGAGCGGGUCCAGGCGUUGUGGAGGAGUGCUGCUUCCUGGCUUGCUCUCGGUGCCUUGGUGACACGCCUGUGCCUCGCACCACCCAGAGCGUGUAGAAGGACGUUUCUAGUGCACUUGGCCUGGAGCACAAGGCCUCUGAGCUUCCUCAGCCCUGCCUGGGGACCUGGGGACUGUUCCCAGCUCUGAUCUCAUCAGGCGUGAUGGGACACAGGCUCUUCAGGAGGCGAGCAGAUGGCAGCGGGCCGUGGAUGAAGGGCGCCCUGCCCAGCCCCGUGUUUGCUUGGCCUUGCUUGAACAAAGACUCAAGGGUCUCCUUGAGCUGGGAGCUGGGAGCAGGGUCACCUCCCAGAGCUAAAGGCAGGUGAAACAAAAGGGAAACCUGGAGGAGCUGGGCUGAUCCUGGCAAAGGCGGUAGCACUACAACUGCAUGCAACAGCUGUUCUCAGUCCAGUCCACGAGCAAGCAGCAAACACGAAUCAGCAGCUGCAGUGCAGUCCACUCAGCAGACACCACACAGGAAUCAGCAAGGGCAGUUCAAUCCAGAAGAAACCACGAAGCUCACAACUGGUCCAAGUCCGCAGAAGCAGCAAGAAGCCACAGGAACCUCAUGAGAAGUUUUUGGCGAGUUUCUCUCUAUGAAGUCACCACAGGCAAAGCUCAGCAAUGCAGUGUAAGGUGAACUGAUGCGUAGUCAGUGAUGGCUAUCAAGGCAGAGCAAGGCAGGCCAGUGCUGGAGCUCCCACUGUCUGUGAGGUUGUCAUUAACGUUCCUUCUAAACGCCAUGUGUCCUUUCGCAUGUUUGCUACAGCAGAACAUCCUGUCGCCUGUGUCUGCUUCAGCAAAACAUUAUCUCACAGGUUUUGCAUCAUUUGACCUAACUGGCUUUCCAAAGAAAUCAGAAGUUUUCAUUUCAUUACACAAUGAAGAAGAGUGUCAACCUCUAUGGCGUUGCAUUUGGGUGUUUGGUUUGUUUUCUCCUCCAUAGCCUAGGCAGGCCUUCAAUCCCGCCCAGCCUCCUCGUUGGGGUUGUGGACAAACACUGCCCUACUGGACUUUCCCUGUGGCUUUUGAGCAGUGGGUGUAUCAAAGCACAAAGCAAACCCUGCGGGUCUUGGCCCAGAUCAGUUUUGCUCACUUGCUAAUUACCCGUUUCUCAUCUCCGUGACGUGAAUGGAUUUGGAAAAAUGGCCUUUUGUACUUCAACUGCCUAACAUUCUGGACUUGACAGAUGUCAUGAUGUCUACUCACUGCAACUUGAUCCUUCUGUUGUCCCCAACUGCAGAGCCAGGGUGGAAAGGUGGCUCUGAUGGGAACUUUGUUAUGUUUGAGUUUUAUUUGUUUGUUUGCAAGAUGGUGGACUGAACCGAAGGCCUCUGGCACCAUGCACAAGCGCUUUGCCCCUGGGCCGUGCCGGACGCCCUUUCUUUUACUUAUUAUCGUUGUAUGUUGUUUACUUUUUAGAUUAGCAUGUGUACAUGUGUACAUGCUCCUGCUUGUGUGUGCACAGGCACAUGUGGAGCCACAUCAGCUAAUGUUUAGUGUCUUCUUCAGUUGUUGUCUGUGCUGAUUAGUGUUCUUGUCAAGUUGGCACAAGUCAGAGUAACUUCGGAGGACUGUACCCCAAGUGGGAAAAUGCCCCCCAGAUUAGCCUGUGGGCAAGCCUGUAGUGUGUUUUCUUCAUUAGAGAUUGGUGUAGGAGGGUCCAGAGCCUUGGGGGUGGGGGCGACGCUUCUUGGCAGUUGGGCCUGGAGGGCGUAAGGAAGCAGGUUGGGCAGGCCACGGGAGCAAGGCAGUAGGCCCCACACGUGUGUGUGUGUGUGUGUGUGUGUGUGUGUGCAUGCACGUGUGUGCGCACAUGAGUGCGUGUGUGUGUGUGUGCAUGCACGUGUGUGUGCGCACAUGAGUGCGUGUGUGUGUGUGUGCAUGCACGUGUGUGUGCGCACAUGAGUGCGUGUGUGUGUGUGUGUGUGCGUGCGCGCGCGCGCAUGUGUGUAAGUAUAGGUGUGAGUAUAUAAGUAUGCAUGAAUACUUGUGGAAUGGAUGAGACCAGUGGUUGGGCCCCACAAAAUGUGAAUGUGUUCAUGUUAAAGUGUUAAUGUGUAAGUGAGAUUGUGACUAUGUGCAUGAAGGUGUGUGUCUAUGCAUAUUUGCUUGUGUAAAAGCUCUUUAUUCUGUGGGAGUGACUGUCUUUUCCUGGUUCACUAAAAGUUAAUUGCUCCAAGCCUCCCUCUUGCCUGGCCAGUGAGAGGCAAGACUUCCGGGCAAGAGAGCAGGAGCCUUAGCACCGUCCUUACCGAACUCCCUGCUGCCAUACAGUACGUGUCAUUUGCCAGAGAAUAAUAAAGUAAGUAAGAGUUAAGCUUUCCAUUGCUUAUCCAAACACAGAGAAUCAUAAAGUAGAUAAGAGAGAUAAAGAGUUAAGUUUCCCCACUUAAUAACUCACAGAACAGUAAGAGUUAUUUUUUAUAGUUACUUUAUAACAGUAAUAGUUAUAAAGACACAGUGUUGAAUAAAGCACAGAGAUUCAUAAAGUAAAAAUAAAACACAGUGCUUAAAAAAGUGAACAGCUUUCAGCCACAGAAUAAGCAAGAGAGUGUUGCGUCUCCACAGCCUUCAGAUACUAGCAUCCAGUACAGCUAGAGAAGGUUGCAAGGCCAGAGACCAUCGGGCUUUUGGCCUGCGUCUGAUGCUGUGUUCCACUUCAAUCCAUUCCGGCUGGGGCAGGCCCCUGGAAGCUAUUAGGCUAAGCAGCUGGCCAUUGAGCCCCAAGAAUCUUCCUGAUUCGGUGUCCCCUCAGAACUAGAAAUAUGGGCACACAGUGUUGUGCCUGGUUUUAAUGUGGGUGCAAAGGACUGAACUCAGUCCUCCAUGUUUAUGCAGUGAACUCUUUACCAACUGAACUAUCUCCCCAGGCCAUACUUUCAAAAAAGAGAGAUUUAUUUUUAUUAUUUUUAAUUGUGUGUCUGGUGUGGGUGUGUGCCCGUGAGUGAAGAUACACAUGGAAGUCUGAGGAGUUGGAUUCCCCUGAGGCUGGAGCUACAGAGAAUUGUGAACCACCUGGAGCAGGUUCUGGGAACUGGACCCUGGUCCUCCAAAAGAGCAAUAAAUUCACUUACUGCUCGCCAACGCCUAUUUUUAUUAUUUUAAAUUACAUGUACAUACGUUGUAUGUUAUGUGCACAUGGGUGCAGGGGCUUGUGAAAACCUGCAGAUGGCGCUAGAUCCUCUGAAUCUGGAGUUGUAGUUGUGAGCUGCCCAGUGUAAAAGCUGGGCACAGUUUCUGAACUGUGGUUAUGAUCUUAAUCCCCUCAGCCAUCUUUUCAGGCUCUCCAAACGUAUUUUGAAAUUAGUUGUUUAGGUUAUUGUCUAAAAUAAUUUCAUACCUACAUAUUACUGCAUUUGUUCCUGAGAGUGUUUUUUAUUUUGCUUUGAGUUUGUUGUUAAUUAGGUUUUUUGUUUGUUUAUUUGUUUUGAGAUAGAGUUACUUUGUGUAUUCCUGGCUGUCCUAGAACUUGCUGUGCUCCACCACUGCUGGGCUAGUUUUUUGUUGUUUUAACAUUUGUUUAUUUGUAUGGAGCUAGAGUUACAGUUAAAUCUGAGGCUGCCCUUUCCCACCCCUGACCCCCCAAAUACAUGUGGGAACCGCAUACAGGUCCUCUGCAGGAACAGCAUGAAUUCCUAGCUGUUGGGCAAGUCUCUCCAUCAUGGGCUCAUGUUUUUUUGAGACAGGGUCUCCCUCUGUAGCCCUGGUUUUCCUGGAACACAGUGUGGAAAGCCAGCCUCAAACUUGGGGUGUCUAACUGCUCCUGCCACCUGAGUCUGUGCUUACAGGAUGGGCUAGUCAUUAUAGCUCAGUGGACAGAACUUAAAUAAAUAAAUAAAACUAGAAUUGGGGGUGUGUACCUUGGUGGUGAUACAAUUGAUUAGCCCAAAGGGCAUCCCAUUCAAUCCGUUGUAGCAAAAGUAAAAGUUACAAAUAGUAAUAAAAAUUGCUGGGUGUGGC